GCUUCACUGAGGGGACUAGAGGAAGAGGAGAGGAAGGGAGAGAGAGAGACAGAGAGAAAGAGAGACUGAGAUAGAGAUCCUAUCUCACUCUCCCAGUUGAGAUCUUCAGAGGAUCGCGUCCAGCGUCUCGCAACUGCAGGACAAUGUCUAGUAAAGCGACUUUAGCCUUACUCAUCUAUGGAAUCAUAAUGCAUUACAGCGUCAACUGCUCACCUGUGGGGCUUAGCUUUCCCAGUGUUAGACUUGACAGUGAGGUUUAUGAUGAGGAUGGAAAUUCCUUACCGUCCCUGGAUUAUGACAGAGACCAACUGGAUGUGAGGAGCCCUCCGUCUGUGGCUGACGACGUCUACACUUUGUAUUACCCACCAGAGAAAAGAACGGAAAGGCAUGCAGACGGCAUGUUUAAUAAAGCCUACAGGAAAGCGCUGGGUCAGUUAUCAGCAAGGAAAUAUCUGCAUUCUCUGAUGGCAAAACGUGUAGGCGGGGGGAAAACGCUGGACGACAGCUCAGAGCCCCUGUCCAAGCGACACUCAGACGGGAUCUUCACAGACAGCUACAGCCGCUACCGAAAGCAAAUGGCGGUCAAGAAAUACCUGGCAGCAGUCCUUGGGAAAAGCCUUGAAGACAUAGGUAUUCACCAUAUCCUACAAGACAUAGACUUUGAUGCCCUCCCGGACGGGGAUGAGUUUGAGGCUUUUUUGGGAGAUUGGCUGAAACAGUUCUCUCCCGAAUUUCCGGCUUUGUGACGCAGGAAGCAGUUUGCGGCUGUGGUGCCUUGCAUCGACUUUAAAAUCGCCAUGAAUCACAGAUGGCUAUUUAGUGGCCCUACAAUGCUGCACAUCAUCAGCUUACAUUUCAC